AUGGCCUCCCGUCGUUCAACCCCGAGAUCACCAACGACGCCAACUCCUGCCUUCCUCUCCUCUGUCCUCAACUACCCACUCACUCGUGGUCCAGCACGCCUUACUCAGACUUGCUCGUGUCCAAAACCCCAAACUUUUCAACCAGGUAGUCGUAAUAGUCAAUCACGUGAUGCGCGUAGCCCGCGUGAUCUCAAACGCGUCACACGCGAGUCGCACUUCCUGCACCAUAUCCGGGUCAAGCGGCUAGCCACUUUUGAGAGCCCCAGUGAUGAUGGCCACGAUUGGAUCCACAUCAACACGUUCACCCCCGCCGUCGUUCUUUUUCAUCCAUCAGCGUAG